CUGUGCUAACUAAUUGGUGCGUCUAUUUGCCGCCAAGAAUCGCUCUUCCAUUCUCCACUCUUCUCUUCUUCUAAGACGCAAUACAACAAACACAUAGCGUGCAACUCAACCCACCACCCUCCUCCUCCUUCUUUCCAUGGCGGCGGUCAACGGUGACGACAAGCCGCUGCAGAAAAUCUCAGACGCAUUCAAGGUUUUGGCUUCCGUGGCCCAAGAUUCGAAGAUCGCGGAUAUGGAGCUCGCUCCCUUCUCACGUGCCUGCACUCACGUCUGCCCUCUCUUUGGUUGCUUGGGCAUCGCUUUCAUGUUCGCUGAGAAGGAUUUUGUCGCCAAGGUGCAAGAUCUAGCAGAGGCAUCGAAUUCCAUUAAGACAUUGCAAUCUAUGAUUGAUCAAGAUGUGCAGAACAAUUGUGUGAGGACGGCAGGUAGCCAUACAAGAAAUCUGCUAAGAGUGAAGCGCGGACUUGACAUGAUCAGAUUGCUGUUUGAGUAUAUGUUAGUUGCAGAGGGAAGCUCCCUUAGGGAUCCAGCUUCAAAGGCUUACGAGAAGGCAUUGGCACCUUAUCAUGGAUGGGCUAUCAGGAAGGCUGUUUCUGCUGGGUUGUAUACCCUUCCAACGAAGGAACAACUAUUGGUGAAAUUCAAUGAGGAUGAGGCGACAGCCAGAGUCCUAAUGCAAAAUUAUGUCACCGCAUGUACACCUGUACUCCAAUACGUUGACAAUCUCUUCAUUUCCAGAGAUUUGGGAACAGAUUGGUGAACGAUUCUUGAAUAAUUGUAUUCAGAUUAUACAAUGUAAUUCGCUACAGAAAGUUCAUAAGAUGAAUAAUGCAUUAACUAAAUUCAUUUGUUGUACAA